AGUUGUGCGAGCGACGAAUCGAUUCAAAGGAACCGCCACGCGAAGCGGGAAACUCAACAUGACUCGUAUUUAAAUAUGGAAACGAUAGAGAACCUAACCGGGAAGAAAAUUUCGUAUAAAAGAUGUGGCGAUUACCAUUUUAAUAGAAAAUUCGACCAAUAGUUUGUAGAAAAUCGAUCAAUUAUAUUCCUUCUGGCUAAAUGAUUGGACGUUAACGUCUGGCGAAAUGCACUAUGGGUAUAGCGGUGACGAUGCCAGUCUCACAUGUUAGUCGAUGGUGAACGCGCGCGUUGAGCACAUCUGUCCUGUUACUUUAUUUUAUAGUGUUGGUGUUUAUCAUAACCAAUCAAAAUUCGUGUCAAAAACAGAGCUCCGCUUCCUGCGUACAGGAUGGACAGGCCGGAAUCAGACGUAGACGGCAAUAUGUCUAGUCCAGAUGAAGGCCUGAUCGAAUCGGAGAAGGAUUUUGAUUCGGAGGAGGAGGCGCAAUCCUUGUUAAGGAUACACAAUUCCGAGUCGCAGAUGUUCCUAAGAUUACCACCGCAGAAAGAUCCCGAUGAUAAAGAACUUCAAAACGAACUGCAGUUGAGGAACAAUCAAAUGGAAAUCGAUCUUCCUCAUCCGAUUCCUUUGGUUACCUCCUCGUCGUCGUCGUCACCUUCAUCCGUCCUCACACAAUCACAUUAUUAUUAUGGUACGCCCGCACUUCACAUAGCCUCACCAUAUCCCCAUUCAUCCACAUCGACAGCUGUAAAUCCACCGGGAGGAGAGAACGUAUCUUCUCCUCUAUCGGCGCAAAGUGUAGAUCAAUCUAAGUAUACGUUCGAAGAUCAAUUUAAACAGUUAUAUGAAUUAAGCGACGAACCGGCAAGGAAAGAUUUUCUCGAUGAUCUUUUCGAUUUUAUGCAAAAGAGAGGAACACCUGUUAACCGGAUACCCAUUAUGGCUAAACAGGUGCUGGAUCUCUACGAAUUAUACAAAUUAGUAGUGGCCAGAGGAGGUCUCGUUGAAGUCAUAAACAGAAAGAUUUGGAGGGAAAUCACCAAAGGCCUCAAUUUGCCAUCUUCUAUUACAAGUGCGGCAUUCACUCUAAGGACUCAAUAUAUGAAGUACUUGUAUCCAUACGAAUGCGAAAAGGAAAAUUUGAGUAGUCCUAGCGAACUUCAGAUGGCCAUAGACGGGAACAGGAGAGAAGGAAGAAGGUCGAGUUUAGGUCAGUUUAGUUUAGAAAUGCUUCCUCAAGUUCCAAGAAACUCUCAUACUUCACCUCUCAGCCUAGUUGCGAGACAUAUGAACGGAAACAACAUCAAUCCUGCAGAGUUUUAUAACCAGGUGGGAAUUAAUUCCAGAUAUUUUGUAUUCAAAAUGUUAUUAAACUGGAUUAUAAUGGACUACCUGGCAUUUGAUCAAUCUGAAAAUAAUGAUGAAGAUAACUUUGAUCAGCCUACACAGCAGGAAGCACUGAAUUUAGAAGUACCUCGUCCACCAAGCACAAAUGUAAACAGUACUAAUAGCAACAAUAAUAAUAACAUUAUUGAUGUAUCAUCAAAAACUCUGGAUCUGGCAUUAAAGAAGUCUGAGGAUUAUGGACCUAAUACUUCAGAAGGACCACCACCUAAAAAAGUUUACAUUGAUGAUGAUGCACUAAUACCAGCAAGAAUUCCAAGGGUGCAUAUGAAAUUCACUUCAAGAGGUGAUGGUUCAUUGCCUUAUGAUAGUUCUGUUGUAGUAAGUAUGGAGAUGAAUGGAACUGUAUAUCAAGGAGUUUUAUUUGCUCAGAGUCAUAAAAAUUCUCAGCUGUAGAAGUUAUCAACUGAAAUGUCUAUAGUGCCUUGUCUCAAUUGAGAUGAUGAUAUAUACCUUUAUAUCAAAGGUGAAAAAUUAUCUUUAAUGUUGUUAAUAUUCAGCUAAGCAAAUGUACUUUAUACCACACUCAUAAUAUAUUUAAAAUACUCCAAUAGAUCAUACAAAAUACAAAAUCCAUUUUUGUGCAUUUGAUUAUUAAAAAGUGUUUAUAGCACAUUCUCUAAAUUUGACCUAAUAUUUCUGUGAGCUAAAGUUUUUUUUUCCUUCUUCCUUUUUACAUAAAAAAAAGACAGCAAAGGCUUUGUUUUUUAAAUUAUACAAUUUUAUUUACUCUUUUGGUCUUGUGUGUUCUUAAUGUAUCAGAGUGAAAAAAAAGAAAUCUUUGAGCUCAUAUGAAUAUUGGUCCAUACUUUUGACUUAAAAAUGAUCCAUAUUUUAACAAGAUAAUUUAAUGUUUCCUUCAUUUUGUCAGUAACUUUUGUGUUUUAUCUGAAAUUGAAAAUUUUUUUUUAGUAAGAUAUAUGUGCUUCAUAUAUUGUCUCGUGAAUUUUUUGUGUGUGGUAUUCUUAAUACAAUUUUUAGUAUAUAAUAUUGUGAGCAUUUAUUUAUGUAUUGAGUGAUAAGUAGUUGAAUCUCAGGGAUAUAGUUGCAUUGAAUGUACAGUUUACAGCUGUUAAAGUAUGGAUAAUUAUCAUACAGUAUUUCUUCUUUAAAAAAAUUGUAAAUUAGAUUGCAACUGUUUUAAACUGUAUGCAUUUAAUACAUAUUAAUAGCAGGGGCGACUCCAGCAAAAUGUUUAGGUGGGCCUUUUCUAAAUAUAUAAUAAUUAGUACUGUGAAGAAUUUAAUUUGUUUUCAGAAUAUUCUGUGCUAUUAAGAUUGCAGACAACAUUUAAAAAUAAUUGUAAUCAUUUUUAUGUUUAAAUUUAAUUUCAAGCUCAUUACUAUAAAUUAUCAAAUAUUUUAAAAUUAAAUUUUCCUUGAUGAAAUAUUUGAGAAACAAAUUAAAAUGCAUUUAAAUACAUAUUUGCUUACUACAUAUUAUAUUCACUUGCUUUCAUUGUAAUAUUACAGUAUACAUUGACAUAAUUGAAAGUACUUUUGUUUAAUAAAUCUUAUCAAAUGUACAUUCAAUGAUAUCAUAAUUAUUUAAUUUAUUUUUCAUAAAUUACUUAAAACUAUCAAUUGAAUCAAUAAGUAGGGGUCAUGGUGCCCUCAUUUCCCUCUGGAGUCACCCCAUGCUAAUAGAGAUAUUAUUAUAUUAAAAUUUGUAGUAUAAUUCAGCUUUAGUUAAAGACAGCAAUAUUGAGAUCUACAACAGAAUACUCAACAUUUAUUCAGAUAAAAUUGAUAACCAGUACAAAUUGUUUCUUUCAGAUAGAUAUAUAGCCUAUUUUUAAUCAUUCAGUUAGUCUAAAUUAAAAUUUAAAAAAUCAAAGCAUUGUUUGCUUCUUUUAUAAACUUAGACUAUUUUUUCUUAGUUCUAUGCUUUAAGUAUUUAAAAAAUAUAGAAAAAAAAAUUUGUUUUAUUGAAGUAUAAUGAAUAUUGUGUUAUGCCCCAGUAUUCAUAAUAAUAAUUAUGGCAAAAAAGAAAUUAUAAAUUCUGGCGGGCUGUAAAUGAAUUUAGAAUAAUAUUUCUUAUAUAUAUGUUUUAAAAAAUGAAUUGUUUCAAAGUUACAAAAACAUUUAAAUUGUGUAAGAAUGCUUGUUGGGAAAACAAUUAUCUUUUUUCAUUGCAUUUUGAAACAAAGAAAAAGGAAUUGUUAACAUUAGUUGGUUUCCACUAAUUCCUAGUAUAUGCAGUUAGUAGGCUAUUAUAAACUACAUUAUAUUAAACUGGUAUGACACCUGCUUACUAAAGUGUAGUUUAUAAUAUACUGAUGAUGUUAUCAGCUUAGUUGACAUGUAAAUUAAAGUCUUAAGUGCACAUUGCAUUAUACUCAGAAAAUAAGACUGUUUAGUUAUUCUAUUAAAAAAAUGAUGAUUGGAAAGCUGAAUAUAUGAAAAUUUUUAUAAUUAAUGACCAAACAUUUGAUAUAAAAAUUUGGUAACUGGUCAAUUAUAUGAAGACAAAAUUAGUAAAAUUUUAUUUGUUGAUACUGAUCAUAAUAUAUUAAAGGAAAAAAAUUUAAUUGCAUUUUCAUUAAUAGUUUUCUGUUGUUUAAAGUAUUAAGGUUAGAGUUAUGUCAUAAGACAUUUCAAAAUAUAAAAUUUAAAAAUGUUAUAAACAAAAAAAAAUUAUUGGAGAUUAUAA